AGGGGCUGCGAGGAACGUCAGUGGUGCGCCGAGCUGUUGUUUAGCCCAGGGGUUAAAGGGUUAAGCCUGCCCCUGCUGCGAUCCCAGUGCCAGCUCUCUGCAGGCUGCCAAAGUAAUGUGAUUGAGCAAUGGUUUGCGGGUAAUGGACGAUCCCUCAAGCCACACGUCCGGACUCUCCAUCUCCCUAGGAAUGCACACACCCAACCUGUGAGUCUCUCUAGCCUGCAAGGGACCAGCGGCUCUCAGAGAGCUCAGAGACAGACAGGAGGUCCCUGAAGAGCUCCAGAACCAGAGGUACGGAGGCCAGGAAGGUGAGAAAAGCAGAAAGAUUUAGGGAGAUAAGGGCUCAAAGGUCACCCUUCACCCCAAUUUCGCUCAAGUUCUCUUUCUCCAAAAUGGCUGACAAUGCCACCUCACAAGAAAGCCUUUAUGGAGACUAUGAGGACUAUCCUGACUUUGACGACAACAGCGGACUCCGCGACUCCAUGCAUCUGCUCUCCAUGGUGCUCUACAGCGUGGCCUUCCUGUUGGGGGUGAUAGGGAAUGGCCUGGUUAUCUUCGUCACUGGCUUCCGCAUGAAGAGGACUGUCAACACUGUCUGGUUCCUCAACUUGGCCUUAGCUGACUUUGUCUUCACUUUCUUCCUCCCGCUGAGUGUGGCCUACAUGGCCCUCGGCUUCCAUUGGCCCUUCGGGAAGGCUCUGUGCAAGCUCAACACCACUGUGGCCUUCCUCAACAUGUUUGCCAGUGUCUUCCUACUCACUGUCAUCAGCAUGGACCGCUGCGUCUCUGUGGCUUGUCCUGUCUGGGCCCAGAACUACCGCACGCCCUGGCUGGCUUCUAUGGUGGCGCUGGGCAUCUGGUUAGCAGCCAUGGCUCUCAGCUCCCCAUACUUUUUCUUCCGGGAUACUGGGAGCUCCUCCGGCGAGGAGAAUACCACCCACUGCUACAACAACUUUGCCUUGUCAGAUGACCUGGACACAGAGGAGGUUGCCAAGCUGGGAGAGGAUCGUCACCGAGCCAUGGUGAUGACCCGCUUUGUGGCUGGGUUCUUGGUGCCGUUCACCAUCAUCUUGUUCUGUUAUGGCAUCAUCACGGCCAGGCUGAAGGGCAGCCGCCUCACACGCUCAGGCAGACCCUUCAAGAUCAUGGUGGCAGUUGUCUUGGCCUUCUUCAUUUGCUGGUUCCCCUAUCAUGUCUUCUCCUUCCUGGAGAUGUCGGUCACCACGGUAACGCCCUGGCUGCAGACCAUUCUGGUGGUGGGGGUACCUUUGGCCUCGGGCCUGGCCUACGUCAACAGCUGCCUGAACCCAUUCCUGUAUGUCUUCGUAGGGCACGACUUCAGGGAGAAGUUGAGGACAUCGGUCCUUGCAGCGUUUGAGAAUGCUUUCAGCGAGACCUCAGUGCAGGUGUUAACCAAGAGCAAAUCCAGUUUGGAGAUAGAGUGUCACCUUGUCUAGAGCAGAAGGGGGAAACUGUAGGCCAGGGUUUUGCAAACUUGUGUCUCCAGCUGUUGCUGGACUACAGUUCCC